CUCAGGGCGUCCAGUUUACCUUGUCUCCCGACUUCCUCAUUUCCACUCGGGAAUCCGUUGGCCUCGCACCGGAUAAGUCUUUAUCUCAGUUCUUCCAAGGCUCUAGAGACUACCCCGAGUCCCCAGAAGUGGCCUACAGCCUCCGGACCUCGAAUCACGCCGCCCGGGUCUCCCCGUAUCUCAGGGGAAUUUGGUUGCGUCCUCUGCGACCCCUGGGAUGGCGUCCGCGUCGUCAUGGCGACGCUCCGGGCUGUAGGCCGCGGCACCUCAGAAUCCUACCCCGGAACCUGCUCCCGAGAAAUGACCUUUGGCUCUAAAAAGACUCCAUUUUUUACGAUAAAAUGGCAGCAGUGAAAACCCCCAGCAGAGAAGUAAAGAAUGCCGAAGAACCAUUUCAGAACAUGUCACCCCUCCCUUUGAGGAGCCUAGUGGAGGAACCUAAGAAAAGAGGAGCAGUACCUAAUCACCUCCUGGAAUCCAAGGUUUAUGCAAAACUUCUGAAAAAUAAAGUUCUACAGGCAAAACCUGGCAUCUUGCAUUUUGGAGGCUAUCAAGUAGAAAAACAACAUCAACAGAUACUGCAUCUGGUCAACAUUUGCAAUGAAGACACGCAUGUUCAUAUUUUACCCCCACAAACCAAAUACUUUCAGAUCAAGUAUGUAAAAAAGGAGAACCGCCUUGUCCCUGGCUUGUCCCUCACAGUCACCGUUAUAUUUUCCCCAGAUGAGUGGCGAUACUAUUAUGAUUGUAUCCGUGUUCACUGUAAGGGAGACGAGACUUUGCUUGUUCCCAUCCAUGCCUAUCCUGUUGCGAACACACUGGACUUCCCCUCAUUUAUAAAUCUAUCAAAUGUUCUACUUGGUGAAAGCAAAAGUUAUGUGAUUCCUCUGCAAUGCAGUUGCCCUGUGGAUUUCGAGUUUCAUGUCACCUUGAUUCAGUCUCAUCCAGCCUUUACUGUUGAGCCAUCAUCAGGAAUAAUUCCGGCGAAUGGGAAGAUGAAUGCCACUGUCAGGUUUACCCCCUUUCAGUAUGGGACCGCACAGAUCAAACUGCAGCUAUGGAUCUCACAGUUCAACUCUCAGCCCUAUGAAUGUGUCUUCACAGGAACAUGCUACCCCAACAUGGCUUUAAAAUUAGAAGAAUUUGAAAGAUUAAAUACUCUUGCUAGGAAAGUAGCUGUUCCUCCAGAAAAGGCAAUGAUACCUGUCCGUUUUCACCGACUGACAACAAAUCUUAAGCCUCCAAAGCUUAAGGAAAUUGAAUAUCAGAACUUGAGGUUUCCGGUAGAUUUAUCAAAUCCAUUUGCCGUGGCAACUGUGCUAAACCAAGAGCCAGGAAAAUUGAAGAUUAAAGAAUUAAGAGAAGUUUUGGACCAAGGCACUGAGAUUUCAAAAACAAGGCAGAUGAAGGAAGCGCUCUUUGAACAGAAGGUCAGACAGGACACUUAUGAAGAGCUUGAAAAUCACCUUAAGUGGCAGGUGCACCUCGGGAAAGACCCCAUGUCCUUUAAAUUGAAAAAAGACCUUAUGGAGGAGCGGCAAAGAAUAAACCAGAAGUACAAGCUAGACAGAGGAGAUCCCAUUUUGGAAGAGGAAUUUCAGAGACUCAAGACAGAAGUUAACCCCAAACGGGUUGUACGGGAUCUGGAAGAAAACAUCAGGGAGUUUCAUCCUAAUUUUGAUCCUGUCAUUAAUAACACUUGGGUCAACAGGUUCAGGGCGCAAAGACGGUUUCAACAAGCAGCACGCAAGGUCAUUGUGCAUCGCCGAUUACUUACCAUGCUGGAUGCUGUCCGUAACAUGCGUGGAGAAGCCGUCAUAAGAAAGUUCACUGAGGGAAGACAGUCCACAGCACAAGACCAGAAUUCCUCCAAAUACCUGCGGUCCCAGGUCAGCCAAGAUGAUUAUCCCAUCCAGUUCCCUGUGUCACCUGAGACCGUGCUGCCCUUUGCCUUCCCGUCCUACAGCCCUCCGCAGGCCUCCAACGAGCUGGCACCUGAUGGCCUUGGACCAGUCCCAAUUAAAUCAUCAGAAAUUCAAAUCAAGCAGCCCUAUUCCUUCUUCAAUUUGCAGGUUCCUCAACAGUACAAGAUCAAGGGGUACCAGCCCAUCUCUGUCCAGAAGGCUUCAAACAGCUACAGACCUCAGAAGCUCGCCCGGGCCCUGAAGCAAGGAGCUGAGGACGAAGCCACCACUGUCAUAGCCCUGCCCAAGGAGGAUGCAGUGUGCGCGCCCCAGCUCCCAGGAGAGACCUCCAUCCUGAGCCUCAAACUCCCGGAGGCCUUGGCCAGGGCCCCCGAUUAUGACCCACUCUACAUUUUUAAUCCCAGCCCAGGACUAUUUGCUGUGAUGCACCCUCUGACCUAUGCAGAAACCUUGAUCGAUUACCACCUGUGCUCUCACCCCAAGUACAGGUUCACCAAAGAGUCCCACUCUGGAUCCAGCAUUCCUCUCACCCAGAAGCAGUUUCUCCACCACACGGACAUCAUUCCCGGAGUGAUGACCUGGAAGAAGUUCCAGUCCCUGGCCCUCUCAUCCCUGCCCGAAACCAGUAAGAUAGAGACGUCACAGAGCUGUGAUUCCUUCAAUUUGGUCAUGCUUCCUGUAAAUGUCCCUGCCGUUCUUGAUGCCUUACCAGAAGAAGACAAGAUGGAGACAUUUGAACGUGAGCUCUGUGAACAGAGUGUAGAAAUUAUGCUAACUCCAGAAAUGAUCGAAGUGGAGUUCCCUAUGUUGGACUACAAGGACACCAAGAAGGAGAAAGAGAUGAAAGACCAAGCACAGCCAGUGGAGAAGGCAGCGGAAAAGGUGCUUGAGGAGAUGAAGAAUCUUCGGGGCAAAGCUCUCAACUCAUACCUGAUUCUAGAAUAAAGAUUCCCCAAGAGAAAUCAAGUGUCAUUAAUAUAAUGGCCAUUGUUGGAGCUUCCUGGUGCAAGAUUUAGUGUGGUGCCAAGACUUCCAGAGCAAGGUGUGCGCCUCGGGCCAGAGGCAGGAAGGGUUGGGGAGGGGCUGCUCCCACCCCACCCCCACCCCACCCGCCAGCUCUGGCCCCACCCUUUGGCCCUGCAGCAGCCUUGACCCUGGCUUCAGUAGCCACUCCUGGAAAGAGCAGUGUUGGUGAGGAUGAGGCAGGAGAUAGAUGGGCUCCAGGAAAGACAUUUAUAACUGGCCUCUUGUUUACACUUCCCGAGGCAGGAGAUAGAUGGGCUACUGGAUAAACAUUUGCAACCAGCCACCUGUCUACCCUUCAAGAUAGAAAUGUCAACAGGCACAAGGCAAAUAACUGGUACUUGUCUUCUGUGAACUUGUUAAACAAUGGUAAUGACAGCAUCGGAAGAGAGGCUGAGCCCGGCCUGGACAAAAGACCAAGAGCUUGUGUACUCCCCAUCCUCAGGGUUGGGAGACCUCAACACAUGUCCAGAGAGAUUCCCCCGACCCCAUCAGAAUGGGAGGGGGUGCCAGACCAUAAUAAGUCUAGGUAACCUUCCUACCAUGCUUUGCUUUGGAAUCCAUCUUGGCCAAAAGAUGCGCAUGCAGAUCAGGGAGGGGCCUGGGUCUGGUCAGGAGUAAAAGGUAAAACAAGAUAAUUGGCCAAAGGGAAACAAAGACCGGGAAGAUGUGCCCCAUUUGAGUGGUUUAAGCCACCUCUCUGGUGCUCCUCACUCUGGGGACACCCACACCCUUGCUCCUUUGGGUGUGUGUUGCUGCUCUGCUUCUGCCUUAGAUGAAACAGACUGCUUCUCCGUGUGCUCUCCCACAUGUUCUACUGUGACUCUCACAAUAAACUUUAUACCUCU